AUGACUACAGACGCAGACUGUGGAAUAUCAAGUGGAGAUGCCGAAUCUGCUUACCCCGAGGUACAUACAUCUGCUGCUCUCCUCAAGAUAAGACUCGGCACGUGUGAGAUACAGAUAAAGGUAAUUGCAAGUCAGAUAAUGUCUCGCAAUUCCCACAAUUGUUCUGCUCCGGAUGCGAUUUGGGCAGAACGGCUGGCCUUGGAAGGGAGUCUUCUUCAGACACCACCUCAUCGAUUGAAGACCUUUGUUGGGAACAGGGUUGCGCAGGUGCAAGAAUUAGUACCUAAUCAUUGCUGGCGACACAUAUCCAGUGAAUAUAACCCCGCUGACUGCGCGUCACGAGGUAUCCUCCCAUCAGAAUUGUCUAACCACGAACUUUGGUGGUCUGGUCCCCCAUGGCUUCAAUAUUCGAGUGAAUCUUGGCCAUCCUCAAACUUUACUCCUCUAGAUAUUACAAAAACAGGAGAAAAUAAACCUCAGUCACCUACCACUCUUAUAUCUACAAUAAAACCCACUCAAGAAUGGGAACUCCUCACUAGAUUCUCUCACUUCAGCAAACUUACACGAGUGAUGGGUUACAUUUUACGAUUCAUCUAUAACCUCCGGCACUCAAAAAGGUGCUCAGGCCCUCUCACCUCAUCUGAGUUAACUCAAAGUCGACUGACAAUCUUCAAGAAGGUUCAAGAAACGGUUUUUGGAGAUGACAUCGCAGCGUUGAAGAACAACUCAUCUAAAACCAAUUCAUCACUUCGACGUCUCCAUCCUUUCAUUGAUAAAUCAGGUUUACUUCGUGUUGGUGGACGAUUGAAUGCAUCUCAACUUUCAGAAGACGUUAAGCAUCCUGUAAUUCUACCUAAGAAACAUCAUGUGAUUGACAUUCUUAUUGAUUUCUAUCACCAGAAAUAUUUGCAUUCAGGGCCUCAAUUAACUCAAUCCCUUCUCGCUCAGAGCGUUUGGAUUCUUUCUGCCCGCAGCGCAAUACGCUCUCGAAUUUUUAAGUGUGUCAUCUGCUUUCGACACAAACCACAUAAUAAAAUUCCACUGAUGGGUGAUCUCCCAAAAUCCCGAGUGACACCUUCUCGUCCAUUUCUCAACACGGGGCUGGACUACGGUGGUCCUUUCAACAUCAAGGUUCAUAACCUCCGUUCAAUACGUUUGACAAAAGCGUACAUUUGUAUCUUCGUCUGCCUUGUAACAAAGGCUGUUCACAUUGAAGUAGCUACUGACCUAUCAACUGAUGCCUUCAUUGCUGCACUAACUCGUUUUGUGUCAAGACGUGGCCUCUGCAAGAACAUAUAUUCGGACUGCGGGACAAACUUCGUUGGUGCUAAUAACGCCUUUCAAGCUCUCUUCAAGUCAGCUGAACGAACAUCUUUUCUUGAAUUUUCCUCAAACCAAGACAUUACCUUCCAUUUCAACCCCCCAGCUGCUCCUCACCAAGGUGGUCUCUGGGAAGGAGCCGUUAAGAGUGCCAAGCAUCACCUCCGCCGUGUCAUCGGCGAACAUGUCCUAACCCUCUCAGAGUUCAUGACCCUGACUACUCAAGUGGAGGCGAUACUUAAUUCGAGACCUCUCACACCAAUGUCAAACGACCCUUCAGAUGUCACUGCGCUCACUCCAGGACAUUUCUUGGUCGGAGCUCCACUUGUCUCUGUUCCUGAUGAAAAUCUGGAAGAUGUUCCUGAUAAUCGCCUGAAACACUGGCAUUUGGUCAAGGCCCUAAAUCAACGCAUCUGGAAGAGAUGGUAA